GGGAACCACAGCGCGGGGCUGCUCCACCGCUCCCACCGCCCGCGGAAAUAUCUCAGUGCGUCGGCGAACAGACGACACAACUUGUUUCCCUUUUCCUCCACUCUCCUCGUAUCGGCUACUACUUGCUGUCUCCUCGCACAUACAGUUGCAUCGCCGGCGGUGAAUGUAGAGUGGGAGGGGGAAUCAUUCCUCUCCGUACCCGGUCGCUGUUGGUUCUCCUUCAGUGCGCGCUUCUCUCUCUCUCCCUCCCUCCCUUCCAAAGCUUUUCCUCUCCUCCCUCGGUACAACCUCCCGGGUUUUCAAACGCGAUGACAGUCAAGGCGUGAGCGGAUCCCACAGGUGUGUUGCUGCUGCCAACUGAGCCGCGGUUCCUGGAGACACACACCUGGAAAUUACCAUGUGACUCGGCACCUGGGCGUGGAGAAAGUCCCUGAUAUUCAAGCCACUGAGUCUUUUGUUGAGGAGUUGCCCGGGUCGCCUUUCAACAGGAAUCCAAGUAGCUCGUGUUUUCUACGGAAUAGUGCCUUUCUGAAACCUCUCACAGGACGUGCGAGGAGAGUAAAAUGUGAACUUGAGUCUUUGUUUUUUCUUUUUUCUUUUUCUUUUUUUAACUAUUUGACCAGAGGGCUCUACGAUAUCUGGACUGUUCCUGGUUGUGCAACUACUCUCUUCGCUGUUUUUCCUCCAAGAGCCCGGGCCCUUAAUGAAGCUGGGGGUCAGCAGCAGUGUGCGGCUAAUUGGCCAAGUUUGCCCGGGGCUCUGGCUGCCUGUGAUUGAAGUGUCCAGUGAGGGCCCACUGUGCAGCCGCCGCUGCACCCUGCUCUGUUCCACUCCAACAGCCAAGACGCUCGCUGCACCCCUGUCUGCCUCUCCCUAAGAUGGCAAGCUGGGUCUCCCUCCUCCUCUUUCUAUUCUGCCGGUCAGUCUCACAAGCCCAGGAGGAGAGCAGCACCAUCCACAUCCCGGAGUUCACCUCCGAGACCCUUAUCAGCAAUGUGGUCCAGGACCCCCAGACUGGUCGCAUCUACCUGGGAGCGGUCAACACGAUCUAUCAGCUGGGGCCCUCUCUCAAGCAGCAAGCUCGUGCCGAGACAGGCCCCAAAGAGGACGCCCGGACCUGUACUCCUCCUGCCUCUACCUGCCAGGGUACAAAGCCAAUGCCCAACCUCAACAAGCUUCUGCUGGUUCAUCCGUCCAACGGUUCGCUCAUAGUCUGCGGCAGCCGCUACCGAGGCAUCUGCUCACUCCUCAAUCUGUCCAAUGUGGAACAGCAGCUGUAUUACAGUGACAGCAAAGGAGAGAGGACUUACGUGACUAGCAUUGAAGAUAACGUGAACGUGGUGGGCAUCAUGUCCACCUUCUCAAGAGAAGGGCAAACAUUCAAUGUGUUUCUUGUUGGGAAGGGCUACGGAAGCCUGGACAGUGCAAAACUUAUCAGUACGCGUAUCCUUCAGGACUACCGUGAUUGGGUAGUAUUUGACAACGUCGCUGAGGCAUCUGCAGUACAGACAAACCCAUUUGUUUCCAAGUACCUGCAUGACUUCCGAUUUGUCUUCAAAGAGGAUGGUUUUGUUUAUUUCCUCUUUUCAAGGACACUUGAUGGUACGGAUAUUAAAAACCUGACCUUUGUGUCUCGUGUUUGUGAAGAUGACGACCAUUACUACUCCUUCACGGAGCUCCAGUUAAACUGCGGCCAAAAUAACCGAUACAACAAAGUCAAGGCAGCAUACGUGGCUUCUCCAGGAAAGGAGCUUGCGCGGGUCAUGACUGAGUCAGGUUCGUACGGAAAGGUGGUCCCCUGGAGCAAAGUUCUGUUCAUGGUUGCGAGUCCAGACGACGACGUCAACGACUCUGCUCUUUGCAUGUACCCACUGAACUUAAUCAAUGAGAAGCUGGUGGACAUCAUCAGCGCCUGCUACAGCGACUCAGGAAAAAUUUCUGGGAUUUCUGCUGUGGGCAUCCCCUACAUUAAAGCUGAGGAUGCCUGCAAAACGGUUCAUCCGAAAGAUACGUCAAAAACCCACAAGUGUGGUGGAGACUUUCUGCCUUCCCCUCUGGCCAGCAAGCCAGACUUCGCCUUAAAGGCAAAUGAGGUAUGGGCUAAGUCGGGCCUUCUGACCGCUGUGGCUGUCGCUGUGGAGAAUGAGCACACCAUCGCCUUCUUGGGGAACACCCAAGGGGAGGUCUUCAAGGUACACCUGACUGCAGAGCCAUACAUGUAUAAUAAGACUCUUGGCAACACCAUGGGAGAGAAGGUCAACAAGAACCUUUUCUUUGACCACAGUCAAAGCCACCUCUACAUUACCACAGAGAAAAAGAUCAUCAAGGUGCCGGUGCAGACGUGCUUCGAACAGAAAGACUGCCAAUCAUGUGUGGAACUGAGGGACCCUUACUGUGGCUGGUGUGUCCUGGAGGGCAGGUGUACCAGGAGGUCUGAGUGCCGCCGGGCGGAGGAGAAGAAUGGCUGGCUGUGGAGCCCCAGGCAGCAGUGUGUCAAGAUCGUCUCCAUCUAUCCCCCGAACCUUUCCUGUAAAAAGACUCAGAAGGUAAAGAUCAACAUCCCCUCCCUUCCUGCAAUUGGGCCUUCUGAUCGUCUACUCUGCUCCAUCGAUACCUUUGAGAGUGAAGGCACCAUGUCUGACUCCGGUCAGGUCUCCUGCGAUCUGCCCAGUCCUUCGCUUAUACCACAUACGCCUGAGGGCCAAGACUUUGUGGCCGUGUCCAUCAGGGUUCUGGUCAAUGAGACGGUGGAGCUGGCCAUGCGGGAAUUCAAGUUCUAUAACUGUGCUGCCACAGUGAGGAAAUCAGAAAACACACCGUGUAUGUCAUGUGUGGCCAGUAUGUGGGGCUGUCAGUGGAGCACACAUGACCACACCUGCAGCGACAUGGACGACAGCGUGGUUGGUAUCAACAUCAUAAAGCACCGUCAGGGAGCAAAGUGUCCUCAGUUUGAGAAUCCAGAUCCUGUGCUGAUACCUGUGGGCUACAAGACUAGUAUCAGCUUUGAGGGGAUCAAUUUGGACCUCUACCAGGGUCAUGUUUUCACCAUCGGCACUGAGCUUAUGAGAAAUGUGGAGGAGGAAGUAAACUUUGAGGGUGGGCCGUUCUACACCUUCAGCGGCUUCAAUUUUUCUUACGACAAGUCACCGGAGACCAAUGUGCUCUUCUACGUGAAGGACAAGGAGUCGGGCAAGAAGAUGGACAGCACGCUCAAUGUCACCCUGUACAACUGCUCCAUUGGGAGGGAGGACUGUAGUCUCUGCAAGAAUUCAGAUCAGAAGUACAACUGUGUGUGGUGCCCCAAGCAGAAAGCGUGUGUGUACAAGAAUCUGUGCAGUCCUGAAGGGUCUGAGGAUCUAGAGAACACUGAAUGCCCCGACCCCCAGAUCACCGAUAUCAUCCCACGUUUCGGCCCCCUGAAGGGAGGAAUCUCCAUCACCAUCCGGGGCUCCAACCUCGGCAUCCACAAGGAAGACAUCAAAAGCAUCACUGUAGUCGGGGAGCCCUGUAUCCAUCAGGAGGAGAAGUACUCUGUUUCUACAAGCGUGGUGUGUGAGAUUGGCCCUGUUGACCCUCUCAGUGAUAACUGGGGCCAAGUGGAGGUGGAGGUGAAGGGAGGAAAACGAGGAACCUCCUCCAUGUUCUUUACCUACAGGGACCCGAUUCCCGAGGAGGUGAAACCCUCUAGAGGACCCAAAGCUGGGGGCACCCUUAUUACAAUUUCUGGACGAUUUCUGGACACUGGCACCAAGGAUGAUGUCCAGGUUACCAUCGGAGGGGUGGACUGCACUGUGGAGCACUUUGGAGCAGAGAUCAUCUGCAGGACAGGAGAAUACCGAGCAGAAAAGGUGCCCUCCGACCGUCUCACCGUCAUAGUGAAGUAUGGCAGGAGAACUGAAAGAGACAUCCAAAGUGCCUUCCAAUUCUUGGACAAUCCCAUCGUGACGGACCACAACCCCAAAGGAAGCUUUGUCUGUGGAGGGAGGAACAUUGACGUGACCGGCUCUGGAUUUGACCUGAUCCAAUCCGCAAUCCUGAAGGUUGAGGGAGGCAACUAUGAAUCUUUUGAGGUCGCCCACGAGAAGAACGACACGUUCAUCAAGUUUCACUCUCCGACAGUAUCCCGCCUCCAGAACCAGCCCCUUAAAACCUACGUCCAGCUGGACAACUGGGUGAAGGAACUGAAGCCAUUUGACUACCACCCUAACCCCAGCUUCAACAAUUGGACCAAGAAGGUCAUCACCGAGGCCAGCAUCAUCAUCGUCACUGGUCGAGGAUUCUCCAAAGCUAUGACGGCCAAAGAGGCUCAAGCAUUCGUGGGUGAUGUUCCCUGUCAAGUCAACACGCUUCAGGAUGACAAGCUGUUUCUGGACCCGCCUUCCACCACGCCCCGGGCUAGCUCCCGACGGCACCGCAGGGACACCCGCCCCGAGCUGCUGGACUUAACAAUCAAGUUUGGGAAAGGGGAGUGGGUGGUCGGCUCGGUGGAAUACGAGAAGAAGAAUGAUUUGUCACUCUACAUCAUCAUCCCUGCUGUCAUCGUGCCCAUGUUGCUCAUCAUCGCCAUUUCCGUCUACUGCUACAGGAGAAAGAGUCAACAGGCAGAGAGGGAGUAUGAGAAGGUGAAACAUCAGCUUGAGAAUCUGGAGGAGAGUGUACGAGACCGCUGCAAAAAGGAAUUCACAGACUUGAUGAUCGAGAUGGAGGACCACACCAACGAGCUGAGUGAGGGACGGAUCCCCUUCCUGGACUACAAAACCUACACUGACCGUGUCUUCUUCCUGCCCUCUAAGGACGGGGCCAAUGAUGUCAUGAUCACAGGGAAGCUUGACAUCCCAGAGGCUCGACGGGCCACCGUGACCCAGGCGCUCAACCAGUUCUCCAACCUCCUGAACUCCAAGACGUUCCUCAUUAAUUUUAUCCGUACCCUGGAGCGCAGUCAUGACUUCAAUGCCAGGGCCAAGGUUUACUUUGCCUCCCUGCUGACGGUGGCUCUGCACGGGAAACUGGAAUACUACACUGACAUUAUGAGAACACUGCUGCUGGAGCUGAUGGAGGAAUAUGUCCACAGCAAGAACCCAAAACUCAUGCUGCGCAGAUCCGAGACUGUGGUGGAACGGAUGCUGUGUAACUGGAUGUCCAUCUGCCUUUACCAAUUUUUGAAGGACUCUGCAGGCGAGCCCUUGUACAAACUGUUCCGAGCCAUCAAGCACCAGAUCGAGAAAGGGCCCGUGGACGCCAGAGUGAAGAAAGCCAAGUACACCCUCAACGACACAGGCCUGUUGGGCGACGAUGUAGAAUACUCUGUCCUGACCCUGCAAGUGCUGGUGCAGGGCGAGGGUCCGGAUGUGACGCCCGUCAAGGUGCUGAGCUGUGACACCAUCUCGCAGGUGAAAGAGAAGAUCAUAGAGCAGGUGUACAGGAACCUGCCGUACUCCCAGCGGCCCAAGGUUGACAGUGUCACACUGGAGUGGCGCCCCGGCUCAACAGGGCAGAUUUUGUCAGAUCUGGACCUGACUUCCCAGAAAGAGGGCAGGUGGAAACGCAUUAACACUCUGGCACACUACAACGUACGAGAUAAUGCCACAUUAGUCUUAUCCAGGGUGCUUCACACUCAGCCCAACUACGACCAGAACCAGGAAAACCAUGAAGAGCGGAAUGCUCUGUUGGAAGAUGACAAGGUGUUUCACUUGGUGAGGCCGGCAGACGAACUGGAUGAGAUCAAAUCUAAACGAGGAAGCAUAAAGGACAAGUCGAUGACCAAAGCCAUUACAGAGAUCUAUUUAACACGACUCCUUUCUGUCAAGGGAACACUGCAGCAGUUUGUGGAUGACUUCUUCCGCAGCGUGCUGUGCUCUGGGGCAGUGGUGCCACCGGCUGUCAAAUAUUUCUUUGACUUCCUGGAUGAGCAGGCGCUGAAACACAACAAUGUGGAUGAGGAGACCAUCCAUAUCUGGAAGACUAAUAGCCUUCCUCUGCGGUUCUGGGUGAACAUCCUCAAGAAUCCCCACUUCACCUUCGACGUCCAUGUGUCUGAAGUGGUGGACGCCUCACUCUCUGUCAUCGCCCAGACUUUCAUGGAUGCCUGCACCAAGAGUGAGCACAAACUCAGCCGGGACUCUCCAAGUAACAAACUACUCUAUGCAAAGGAGAUCUCCACCUACAAGAAGAUGGUGGACGAUUACUACAAGGGCAUCAGGCAGAUGGUCCCCGUCAGUGAUCAGGACAUGAACACUCAUCUGGCAGAGGUGUCGCGGUCUCACACAGACAAACUGAACACACAAGUGGCUCUCCAUCAGCUUUACCAGUACGCCAGCAAAUACUAUGACGGGAUCAUCUCAUCCCUAGACGAGGACCCAGCUGCCCAGAGUAAACAACUGACCCUGCGGCUCCAGCAGAUAGCAGCCGCCCUGGAAAACAAAGUGACUGAUCUCUAACCCACCGAGCAGAGGGACGGACGGAGGGAGGGAGGGGAAUGUAGGAUAGCGCCAGUGACUACAGGGGCUUUUUCUUUCUUUAGAGAAUAAAACAUGGAAAUAAGGAAAGGUGAGAAGGGACCCAUGUGGGCGUAUAUAUUGUACAGCUCUGGCCUUGGAACAAUUUUCUGUACUGUGGAGUAACAGGGACUAAUGAAAUGCAGAUAGAGAGCAAAAAGGGGAAGAAAGUGAUGGGUUACACUGUCAUAGGUACGCCUUAAAGCUCACUUGCCAAACCUUAAAGGUCUGCGCGCUCACUCAUGCUUCACUGAAUAUUGCUCCCACAAUGCAGCGCGGUGGACCUCGCUCUGAGAAUUAAGCCCCUCGGUGGAGCACUGGCACAGGCGAUAAUCAGAUGUUCAAUUUCUUUGUGUCUAGAAAAGGUUUUAAGAAUUGUAUUAUAUAUUUUUUUUAUUGUGCAGUCUUUAUGCGGAAAGCUUUAUAAGGAAAAAAUAUCUUUUUAAAUGGAUCACCUUGUGGUGCGGAUAGUGUUUUUAUUAGCCUGUGUGUGCGUAGAUGUCAGUGUGAAGUCCAACAUGUGAACAAGAGCGUGCGUUUGUGUGUGAAUGUGUGGGAAUGUGUGUGCACACACAGGAUGCCUACUGUCAGGCGUGAGGGUGAAGGGACGCCUGCUUUCUGUCAUUUGAACCCCCCCUAUACCCAGUGACACACUGGAGCCUGUGCUCUCACCGAGCUUUUUGACAGAGACCAAAGGGUCCUCACAAGGACACCGGUUAAUCUAGCAAUGUACAGGCUCAUAUGACUGACAGGUCACCAGUAGUUUGAGUUAAAUAAUUUGCUUUUGACUCAGAUUUGCUUGAAGUUGGAUUGCCAUUUGUGCUGGUGGAAAUCGAUAAUAGCACAGUCUGUCUCCCUUUAUUGUACAGUGCCAUGAUACAUUCCACUUCAACUAAAGCACAGAAGGACAUUUCAAAGUUAUGUAAAGACAUUUCAGUUAACUACUGUUUGUGGGUAAUUUUCUUUGCUAUAAAAUUUUCUUUUUGCGCAACAAGCAACUUUUAUUCUGCCAUGGAGCCAUGUCACUCAUAUUAGCCCUGCAAUAAUGUCAGAACACCACAAGCCACAGCAGACAGUCACAUUAGCGUACUAAAUGUAUUCACAUACAGUAGCAAUUCAGCAAUAUGUUUGAGAGAUUUUCCAAAUGGACUCAUGCAUUGUUAGUGUUCAUGAUUUUUAGUGCCAUUUCUUUUAGUAUUACUCUUUUAAUGUUCCAAAUAGUUAUCAAGCAUUCUGCCUCUAAAGCUAUGAAAUAGCGCAUUGCUGAUGUUAAUUACCUGCUACACACACAGUUGGUACUUAAAUGGUAUGUUUUCAACAAAUUGCAGUGGUUUUAGCCUUUUGUGUGAUGUUGGGCAGGUCAGAUUCAAUCAUGUACAUAACUGUAAUUGAAAUGUUGAUUUGCUGCAGUGUCAGAGCCGAGGUGUCGACAGGGUAGGAAUGAGGGUUUGAUGUUUCUCGGGCCAUUAAACGCCACCACGCUUCAUCCCUAAAUUGUAGGUUUUUGCCGUUGACAGAUGAUUUAAUUGUACUCCCUGUAUCUGAUCAUGGAUGUGUGUAGUUGACAGAGCAUAACGAGCUCCAGAGACCCCAGAAUGUUAACGAUUCCUGCCUUGGCUAAGAGAGAGGUUUGCACAGACCUCGAGCCUGUCUGCCUGCCUGCUGUCUCAGCAUGGCACCCUGGCAUCCCGACCAACAGCACUUGGCACUGCCCACUCGGCGCAGUGCAGAGUGGCACUCUGUAUAAUGGAAUCAGCAGGGGAGGCUUUUGAUCUUAAUUGCAUGCCGACUGCAGACUCCAUCCUUGUCUCCGCUGUUGUUUACUGCUGACUCCUCUCUCACUGACAGAGUUGAUGCAAGAAGCUUCUUUCAGAGCCUUUCUUUAACCAAACAUGUGCCUUAUUGAAUAGGAUGAUACAUAUAUAUUGUUUCUAAAUUAUUCUAUUGGUAGGUGAUUAUGAUGACGAUAGUGCUAUAGACACAGCAAUGUAUUUGGACUUGUGAUAUUAUGUGUGCUGUCUAAAAUGCUAGAUGCCCUGCUGCAGCCAUCUGCGUGCCAAUAGGCUGAAGACAUUUCAGUAUGAUUUCUUUUCUGGUUGCAGUUUCGAUGUGUGCAUUUUCUUUGGGUGUCUGUGGCGUGUGCUUAGUAGGACUUUGGUGGCUAUGGCAAAAGGCCAAAAUGAAUAAAUGUAAAACAAUGUGGCCAAUGUGAUUUGGGUUUCCCUUGAAAAUGUCUGGCAUUCCUAAAUUAGUCUGAAAUCAAAAGGGUGUUCUUCUGUAGAUUGAAUAUAGCGCAAAAUUGUUCCUACGGUGUUGAUUUUUUUUUUCGCCCUGUGUUUCUAAGCUAUUCCACAGUGUGUACGAUAAAUGACUAUCUAUACUCGACAAAUGACUUUUCUUACUGCUGUGCAGUUAUUAUUUUUAUUUGUUUCCUAUACCAUAUAAAUCUUUGUAAAACAUGUUGAAAUACUGUAUUCUAACUGUAUAAUCCUAUGCAUUGAGUCCUGGGACAAAAAACAAAAAAUAAGAAAAAAAAAAAGCUGUUUGUGCAGUUGUCGAGACUUUUUUCCAUUUUCAAACUUGUGAAUGUGCUGUAAAGAUAAAAGAAACCGGGACACUCCAUUUUAAGUGCAGGACCAUUAAUUAAUGGAAGCCAACGUUUUUCCUCCCACAUCCAAGGCAGCUCAGAAGAUUCUCGAUCUUAUACCUGAUCUGGUUGUACUGGAUGAACUUAACUUUACAAAGGUUGUGUGUGGACGGAGCAGUUACCCACAGAUUUCAUCAUACACUCCUCCGUGAAUAAACUCAGAGACAUAUACGCCCUUCA